GGAAACAUACAAACACUACCAAUCUCCAGAAGGGCAUUUCGUAGUUAAUUGUCCCCAUUUUAUAGCCAAAGUCAUCUUUGAAAUCACGACACUGCUGCUCAGUCGGUACGAACGAAAUAGCACGAUUAAGACUUUCGUCCAAUUCAUCCCGUUAUUUCAGGUUUAUUUAAUUGAAAUACGUUCCAUUUGCUUUAGAAUAGUGUCUGAGACAAUAUUUUUUCCUUCCUGAACAUUUUGUAGGAGUGAGUAUCAGUCAGGAGCUGCAAGAAAAUCCGAGAGGCCUCAAUUUACGGUCCUACCUUGUGUUCAUUUAGUUGAGUCGAAAAAUUUGUCACUAUGGCUGUCCUUGGUAACGACAAAAGAUGGCUGGUGGUUCUUGCUGCCUCGAACAAGGUCCUGGCCCUCGUUUUACGGGAUAUCGUAAAACAAGGAAUGGACAACCUAUACAAAUUCUUAGAUAACCACUUUAAUGGCCUACCGACACCAUGUAGUCUAAAAACACUGACCAACGCCGAUUUAUGCCAUUUGCCAGCCACUCCAAGUGCAGCUUCUGCGUCUAAAGACUUAAAUUUUGGUAACAUAAACAACAAUUCUGAUCUCCAUGGAAAAAACAAAGCGGCCUACUACUACACCGUCAACAGCUCAGUUGAUCUUGCCAAGCUUUACCUUCCAAACUAUCUUGCAAAGUUCUCGGCAUUUGACAAAUCCAUGGAUUUGUCUGCCGCCCUUAGACUUUUGGAAUAUAGAAACUACCCCACCCAAAUAUUUGUUUCUUCCGAUUAUUUGUAUAAUAUCCAGUCAUUGGCGGAUGAUGUCAGAGAGAAUGUUAGGAAUCCGGCGAGCCAUUUUGAUGAGAGCCACUGGACUCAAAUCGUGUUUGAUCAAUGUUUUGACAAGAUUGAGAUCCUACUCAAAUGUCUGCCUGUAAAUGCCGCCAGAAAGAAGGAGCUUUUGGAUCAAUUGUCUGAAUGGAAAACUAAAGGUUUCCAACUGAUUCUUGAUGAAGACGUGAAAGACCUGAUGGAACAGUUUCAAAAUGAUAAACCUACGAGAGACGAGAUAGAGAAAAUCAUGGAAAAGCACUCAUCCCUCUUGUCUGCAAAAGUCGAUGUUGCUCUAAGUGUGCUGCAUGAAAUCCGAGCUAAUCAAGAGAGUAGUGGGAGUGCCCACCCUUCGGAAUCAAGCGUUUCACCCACAAAGGCCACUUCAAAAUCCAAAGAUACCCACAACACAAAAAUAAAGGGAAGGAAUCCGGACUCAAACUGCGAGCUUAGAGCUCAAACUGCCAAGUUAUCAAGAAGGGAUCUACACGAAGCUGCAAUCAACGGUCGAUGUGACGUUAUCAAAGUACUUCUUGAAAGUGGUGAAGAUGUUGACCGAGUGGAUAAGUUUGGUUUAACGCCUCUUCACCUUGCGGCAUGGUAUGGACAGAGAGCUGUUGUAAAACUCUUGUUACAACACGGUGCAAAUGUCAAUGCCGUUGAUAGGUUUCAGAAAACAGCUCUACAAAAAGCUGACCGCAACAAUCACCGAACCAUAGUUCAGCUGCUCCUAAGGAAUAAAGCGAGUCCCAGUUACAACCAACCGCCUAGCCUCAGGUCUCUCUCAGAAAAAGCUUUUCUGCACGUAGAUGAACGAUCUGGCUUCAAUCGAUUGCACGCAGCUGUAUUUCAUGGCGACUUUGAUACCCUUGUCGAAACUCAUGUCCAUCUUCAUAACAACAUGAGUUUUGAAAAAACGGGAAACCAAGCAAAGGCUUUUCCUGGAAAAACUGCGUUAGAAAUUCUCUUGGCUCUGCUAGAAAAAGGAGAAGGAAAUGUUGAAAUAGAAAAACUUUACAAAGCUACCGUUGAGAAGAUCGAUACAUUAACUGAGCUGCACUUAUGCGAAUGCAACAAUGAUGCCGAGAAAGCUGUGGAGAUUGUUCUUAAUGAGGGUGUAGAUAUAAAUAUACCAGGAAAAAGCAACCGUACACCUUUGUUGUGGGCAAGUCUAUCAUCCUCUGGUGAGUUUAUCCAGACCCUUAUUGAUCUUGGAGCUAACGUUAAUGCUCAGAGGACAGACGACAAGGUUACACCUUUGAAAGUAGCCACUUUUUGCAACAACUACAUGGCCGCGGACAUCCUGUUGAGGCAUGGAGCUGAUGUGAAUAUUCAAGAUGUAAGCGGAAAAACCUCGCUUCACUGGGCCGUCAAACUUAAACAUGAGCACCUAGUCAAAUUUUUACUUGAAAGCAACGCUGAUGUGAAUAUGAAAUACAAGGAGAAUGCAGGGGAGAGAAUUUACCGUGUUCGUGGGAAGGACAGAGGAAAACCAGCCUGGCACUAUGUUCGUGUACAGAAAGCUCUUUUGCCCCUGUUCUUGAGGAAGACUCAAGGUGGAAGUCUCGACGUUGCAGACUUUGGAGAAGUCCUUAAAUCUGGAUGGGGAACGGACCCUCCUGAGAGCGUUAGAGAGGAAAUUACAGAGAAAGUAAACGCCUUCCAUGGCAUUGACAGCUUCACAGUACUUCAUUUUGCGAGUAAGAAAGGUAGUCCCGAGAUUAUAGAACUUCUGGUGAAGCACGAUGCUCAUGUAAAUGGAUGCGAUGGAGAUGGCUUCACACCUCUACAUUUAGCAGCGAUGCAUGGAAACGUUCAAGAAGUAAAAAAGUUGGUUGAACUCAACGCCGACGUCAACCUGAAAGUGGAUGGAAAGGAUGCAGCCGACUUGGCUCAGAUGAACGAAGAAACAGAAAUUGAGGAAUUUCUCAAACCUAACAAAAGCUCACCUAUAAAGGACUCAGACAUGUAAUCAGCGCAAAGUCAGUCGGAUUUAAAACGCGACAAAAGGGGCAGAACGUGGUUUAAAAUUCACUGAGGAAAAUUGAAGUUAAUAUAUCCCGAAUGAUAAAAACUUAGAUAUUUCAAUCCAUAUUUUUGUUUUCAAGUACAUACAGUCAGCGCACCUAAAAGUGUUUGUUAGACACAAUUUGGAAUAGCUACUGAAUUUGAACGCAUUUGACCAUCGAGAAAGUUUGCAUUCAGUCAGUCUGACGUUAUUACUUUCAGUAUUUACGGAUUUUUUUUUUUAAUUUUGACUGGUGAUUGUUAAACAGUAUUUCUUUUUGUUUUUGACAUUUUAGUAAAACUUGAUAAGGCCAGGCCUUAGCAAAUGAGCACUGAAUGUAAAAAAAAAGUGGCUUUACACUCAUCUUUUGUACGUAUGAUAUAUUUGUAUUACCCUAACUUUUCGAAGUGAAUUGACACAUCAAUCGAUUACGAUGUUUCUUACGUGUCCUUAAACGUAGCAAAUGGAAUUCUAAGAAAAUAAAUUUUGCUUUCUACACGACCGUUUUGAGUCAAUUUGAAUUGGCCUUUACAUAGGUUUGGACGCAAAAAAAAAAGAAAAACAAACAAACAAACAAAAUGAAAAAGAACAAAACAAAACGAAAAAUAAACUACAAUAUAUGUAUACAACACACCUGCACUUGUUAGUCGUCAUGGUGAAACGAAAAAGGCUGAAAUUUUGCCCUAGACACAGCGAAUAACUCUUGAGUACCACGGUUCCAUGUUGAAGUUUACACACUUAAUAUGGUUUCUAAUCACUAUGUCCUUUUGGAGCGUUUGGGCUGAGAAAAACUUAUCUGACACAGAACCAUAGUAUUCACAACGACCAAUCAAAAAACAGAAACGUUAAAGGAACCAAUCAGAAACCAAAGUUAAUGCAUGUCUAAGUCCUAAUGGGCGGGAAAACGCGGGUAGCCAGGUUUCGAUUUUUUCUUCUGAUUGGCCGAGAAGAUGGUAUAAGUUUGUUGACCAAUCACAGAAAGUGGUGUAAUUAAACCGACGUAAUCCCGCGUGACUUGCGACACACAAAUUUACACCAAAAUAGAGAUAAAGUAACAGUAACUGUUGUCUUAUGCUUCCUGUAAAAGAAGCGAAGUUCUAGCUCAGCAUCACUGAUGAAUCAUGUAGUUGACAACCUUCAUUUCUGCUGGGCAGCGAGCGUAGUGAUUGGAAAAGAAUAUAGGGGAUGCGAAUUCUCGAAUUCAUCCUCUGUUACCAUAAUGCAUUGCAGUUUUUAACCAGAGUGCACUGCACCAUGAUUGUUGUUUUUAUUGUAUUGCGUUACAUAGCGUUUCUACUGUAAGGACAUUUCCUAUAUGUAGUCAAUUGUGUUGCUAAUCUACUUUCUAAGUAAAGGCAAAUAAGUGAUCGCGAUUAUUGUACGGUAAAUCUGCUAUCUUGAUCACUGAGUAAAGGACAAUUGAAUAAAAGCAAUGAAAACAGUCACUUGA